CUUCUCCCAUUUCCAUUUUCGUUCAGAAAGAUAGAAAUAGAAACCUAGCUGAAAUACACGAGCUAAGAUUUUGCUGAGGUUUUAGAGCAAGAAGAAGAAAACCACCCAAGGGUUUUUAUUUAAGGAUGAAGAUACAGUGCAACGUGUGCGAGGCGGCAGAGGCCACCGUGCUCUGCUGCGCCGACGAGGCCGCGCUCUGCUGGGCCUGCGACGAGAAGAUCCACGCCGCCAACAAGCUAGCCAGCAAGCACCAGAGAGUCCCUCUCUCGGCUUGUCAUAUGCCCAAGUGCGAUAUCUGCCAGGAGGCAGUUGGGUAUUUUUUCUGUUUGGAGGACAGAGCGAUAUUGUGUAGGAAGUGUGAUGUUGCGAUACAUACUGUGAAUAGUUUUGUUUCCGGUCACCGGAGGUUUUUGCUGACCGGAGUUAAGGUUGGGCCGGAGCCCAAUCCCCCUGGUGGUGGGUCUUCCUCGAUGAAAUCGGACUCCGGGGCUGUGUCGAAAUUUGAAGAGAAGAACAAUCAGUUAGCUGAGGAGUGUAAAGUGGCGGCGGCCAGUGUGGCUGGGGUGGAUUUUGCUGGGGGGUCUGGAGCUGGGUCUGUGCCACAUUGGCCUAUGGAGGAUUUUUUGGGGUUUACGGAUUUCGAUCAAAGCUUUGGGUACAUGGAUAAUGGAUCGUCUAAGGCUGAUUGCGGCAAACUAGGGGAGUCUGAUUCAUCAGCUUUGAGAUCAUCCGAGGGGGAACAAGAGGAUUACGAGUGCAUAGGUCAGGUGCCGGAGAUUUCAUGGAUGGUGCCUAAUGUGCCUUCCCCGCCUACAUCCUCGGGGCUAUACUGGCCUAAAUCUUAUCAGAAUCCAUCGCAUUCUGCAGCGUUUGUUCCAGACGUUUGCUUCUCAGAUAUGCAAAAUCUUCUUCACUAUCAACAGAAUGGUGCUGUGUCAAAACGUCAUAGGCAAUUCUAGUCCAAGCUCCAGUGUCUGGGUACUCUUUUUUGUCUUCUUUUCCUUUUCCUUCUCCUUUUUGGAUGCGCAAAAGUUUCUGUAUGUUUUCGGUGUUUAUAAUAGCAUUUUGUGUACUUCACUCCUCUAGAAUAGAGAAGAUGUUAAAAAGCAUGCUAAUGCGAAAGUAGAUUGCCUUACUUACACGGGCUAUAUAGUAUUUGCAACUUUGUAAACGUGAUGUAGUGUUUGUAACUCUGUAAUCGUCGAUGCGUAAAAUAAGAUGAAUGAGCUGUACUUGUCAAUGCAA